GGGGUCUCCGUGGGGCUGGGCGGGAAGCAGCUGCCUCUGCCCCGGGGUCCAUGUCUGGGGGGGGCUGGGUCCCUCCAACUGAGCAUUAACCCCCCUCCUGCCCCUCCCCCGCAGGUCCAGCCAUGUCUCCCCGCGGGUGUCUGAGCGUCACCAAAUAUUUCCUCUUCCUCUUCAACCUCCUCUUCUUCGUCCUGGGCGGCCUCAUCCUCAGCUUCGGCCUCUGGAUCCUAAUCGACCAGCAAAGCGUCGCCGCCGUCCGGGGUUCCUCCCUGUACGCCCUGAAGGUCUGGUCCUACAUCCUGUCCGGAGUUGGCAUCAUCACCAUGCUGAUGGGUUUCCUCGGAUGCCUGGGUUCCCUCAAGGAGAUCAAGUGUAUGCUGGGAUUUUAUUUCGGUUUCCUCUUUCUCCUCUUCGCCGCCCAGAUCACCAUUGGGGUCCUGCUGUACACGCAGCGUGUCACGCUGAGUGGCAAGGUGGGGGUGUUCGUGGAGGACGCCAUCCGGACCUAUCCGCAGGCAGCACCCCCCAGCGAGAAGUACCAGAGCUGGGACUUCAUCCAGGGGCAGCUCCAGUGCUGCGGCUGGAACUCGUACCUGGACUGGCACCAGAACCCCGUCGUGGACAAUUCCUCCCGCAGAGUGUACCCCUGCUCCUGCCACAACAGCUCCAGCCCUGGUGAGCGCGGCACCAACAUCACCGAGGCCCCGGCCGAGCAGGGGGCCACCGGGUUCUGCGACGCUUCUGGGGAGUGGCCGGUCUACAGGCAGGGCUGUGCGAACAGCGUCCAGGGCUGGCUGGCCAAUAACAUCAUCAGCAUCGUGGGCGUCUGCCUGGGCAUCGCCCUGAUGGAGCUCUGUCUCAUGAUGUUAUCGAUGUUUCUGUUUAGAAACAUGGGCCAGAACUACGACAAGCUGACCCGAUACUCCUAGGAAGCCCCUCCCGCCCCAGGGGGUGGAGGGGGAGCAGAUGGGCAGGAGUCACCGCCCCCCAACGGGGACCAUCCAGCAUGGGCUGAAGCAGCUUUCUGUCUGUCUGUCUGUCCCUGAGUGUUCGUGGCAGGGGGCAGGGCCCCUGGUCCAUUCCCUCCCACCCCGUCCCUGGCCUGAGCUGUGCUCACCCCUUGGGGCAGUGGCAUAGGGACGGGGCAGCUAUUUUGUUCUGUCUCUGGGUAUCUAUUAGUGGGGUAGGGAGGGGAAGUGCAGGCUGGGGUG